AUGACUGAGAAGUUCGUAGGACUCGCUGCAUUUGACGAAGCGGGGCUUUAUAGCAGUCUCUUACUUCCAAAGUCGAUCGUUGACGGAGAUAUCGACGUUAUCAUCGACCCUGAGCACGUUAAGGAUAGGGAGAUUAUUGGUCUCCUGCGCUCUCUUAUGGUUCAAGCGAGAAAUGAUUUAAACUUUAGGCCCAUGUGGACGAAUGACUCGGUCACUCUAUUUCUCACUGUACCCUCUUGCCGAUAUCUCUUCGCCGAUGUCAUAAAGCAAAAUCAUUGUCCUUUGUCUGGGAAAGCAUCUCAGGGUGUUGGCAGCGGCUUUGGAAUCGGGUCUGGAAUCAAAAUUUAG